AUGCAGCCAGGAGCCACGACAUGUACAGAGGACCGCAUCCAGCAUGCCCUGGAGCGCUGCCUGCACGGACUCAGCCUCGGCCGCCACUCCACAUCCUGGUCAGCUGGGCUGUGUCUGAACUGCUGGAGCCUGCAGGAACUGGUCAGCAGGGACCCGGGCCACUUCCUUAUCCUCCUUGAGCAGAUCCUGAAGAAAACCCGAGAGGUCCAGGAGAAGGGCACCUAUGACCUGCUUGCACCUCUGGCCUUGCUUUUCUACUCCACUGUCCUCUGCACACCACACUUCCCACCAGACUCAGAUCUUCUUCUAAAGGCAGCCAGAACCUACCACCGAUUCCUGACCUGGCCUGUUCCCUACUGCAGCAUCUACCAGGAACUGCUCACUUUCAUCGAUGCUGAACUCAAGGCCCCAGGAAUCUCCUACCAGCGCCUGGUGAGGGCUGAGCAGGGCCUGCCCAUCAGGAGUCACCGCAGUUCCACCGUCACUGUGCUACUGCUAAACCCAGUGGAGGUGCAGGCCGAGUUCCUUGCUGUGGCCGACAAGCUGAGCACACCCGGACACUCACCCCACAGUGCCUACACCACCCUGCUCCUGCAUGCCUUCCAGGCCACGUUUGGGGCCCACUGUGAUCUCCCAGGCCUGCACUGCAGGCUGCAGUCCAAGACCCUGGCAGAGCUUGAGGACAUCUUCGCAGAGACUGCAGAGGCACAGGAGCUGGCAUCUGGUAUCGGGGAUGUAGCAGAGGCCCGGCAGUGGCUCAGGACCAAGCUGCAGGCAGUGGGAGAAAAAGCUGGCUUCUCUGGAGUAUUAGACACUGCAAAACCCGGGAAACUCCGAACCAUCCCCAUCCCUGUUGCCAGGUGCUACACCUACAGCUGGAACCAGGACAGCUUUGACAUUCUGCAGGAAAUCCUGCUCAAGGAACAGGAGCUGCUCCAGCCAGGGAUCCUGGGGGACGAUGAAGAGGAGGAGGAAGAGGAGGAGGAGGACUUGGAAACUGACGGGCAUUGUGCAGAGAGGGACUCACUGCUCUCCAUGAACUCUGUGAUGUCCCAUGACUCUACCCUGUCCUUUGCCUCCUCCCAGGCCUCAGGGCCAUCCCUCUCUCGCCAGUUACUGACCUCCUUUGUCUCAGGCCUUUCGGAUGGCAUGGACAGUGGCUACGUGGAGGACAGCGAGGAGAGCUCCUCUGAGUGGCCUAAGAGGCCUGGCAGCCAGGAACGCCGGGGUCACCGCAGGCCCGGGCAGAAGUUCAACAGGAUCUAUAAACUCUUUAAAAGUACCAGCCAGCUGGUACUGCGGAGGGACUCUCGGGGCCUGGAGGGCAGCUCGGACAAGGCCCUGCCCCUGCGGCGGGCGGAGAGCCUCUGCAGCCCCCUGGACAACUUGGCACUGCCCCCCUCCCGUGCCCAGCGCUCCCGCUCCCUGCCCCAGCCCAAGCUCAGCACCCAGCUGCCCAGCUGGCUCCUAGCCCCUGCCUCACGCCCUCAGCGCCGCCGUCCCUUCCUCAGUGGGGACGAGGACCCCAAGGCUUCCACACUACGUGUUGUGGUCUUUGGCUCCGAUCGGAUUUCAGGGAAGGUGGCUCGGGCCUAUAGCAACCUUCGACGGCUGGAAAACAAUCGCCCACUCCUCACACGGUUCUUCAAGCUUCAGUUCUUCUACGUGCCUGUGAAGCGAAAUCGUGGGACCAGCUCUGGUGCCUGUCCAGCCCCCCCGAGCCAGACGCCCCCACUCCCCACGGACUCCCCAAAGCACCCCAGCCCUGCAGAGCUGCGCACUGCCCCAUGGGAGGAGAGCACCAACGACAUCUCCCACUACCUUGGCAUGCUUGACCCCUGGUAUGAGCGCAACGUGCUGGGCCUCAUGCACCUGCCCCCUGAAGUCCUGUGCCAGCAGUCCCUGAAGGUUGAAUCCCGGCCCCUGGAGGGCUCCCCUGCUCAGCUGCCCAUCCUGGCCGACAUGUUGCUCUACUACUGCCGCUUCGCCGCCCGGCCGGUGCUUCUGCAGGUCUAUCAGACAGAGCUGACCUUCGUCACCGGGGAGAAGACGACAGAGAUCUUCAUCCACUCCCUGGAGCUGGGCCACUCUGCUGCGACACGCGCCAUCAAGGCUUCGGGUCCUGGCAGCAAGCGGCUGGGCAUCGAUGGCGACCGGGAGGCCGUCCCUCUGACACUACAGAUUAUUUACAGCAAGGGGGCGAUCAGUGGACGAAGUCGCUGGAGCAACCUGGAGAAGGUCUGUACCUCCGUCAACCUCCACAAGGCCUGCCGGAAGCAGGAGGAGCUGGACUCUGGCACGGAGGCCCUGAUGCUAAACUUGACAGAAGUGGUGAAAAGGCAGAACCCCAAAUCCAAGAAGGGCUUCAACCAGAUUAGCACAUCACAGAUCAAAGUGGACAAGGUGCAGAUUAUUGGCACCAACAGCUGCCCCUUUGCCGUGUGUCUGGACCAGGACGAGAGAAAGAUCCUGCAGAGCGUGGUUAGGUGUGAGGUCUCACCCUGCUACAAGCCAGAGAAGAGCAGCCUCUGCCCACCAUCCCAGAGGUCUCCCAACUCGCCGGCCAAGGCUGCGCCCGACCUCUGCUCCCUCCUCUGCCUGCCCAUCAUGACUUUCAGUGGAGCUCUGCCCUAGCACGGCCCUGGUGCCAGACUGGACAGGAAGCCUGGGCCAGC